AUGAAGAUCAAACCGCUGAGAUUUGUUUUUCCGAGGCUGUUUCAUCUGUGUGAUAACAAAGAGGUGUCAGUUGAUGAGUCCGGAUUGUGGGUUGAUGGGAAUUGGGAGUGGGUGUUCAACUGGAGAAGGGAACUGUUAAAGAGGGAGAAGGGGAGUGUUGAAGCGCUAACAGGUUUCCUUUCUCAUCACAUUCCAUGUGCAGGAAAAACAGAUGGAUGGACGUGGAAGGCAUCUAAGGAGGGGGUCUACACAACAAAAUCAGCGUAUUCAGUCAUGGCGGCAACUAAGAAUGUCGUACCAGCUGCACAAGACGUCAAUGAGACGCUUGCAGCAGUAUGGGAAACACCAGCACCGUUUAAGGUGAGAGUGACUGCUUGGAGAUGUUUAAGAAAUAGGCUGGCAACGUGUGACAAUUUAAUUAAGAGAAAUGUGGCGAUUUCCACUGAGGAAUCAGCUUGCAACGGCUGUGUUUCCGGAGUCGAGACGGUGGAUCAUCUUUUCCUGUUGUGCCCUAAAGUUGAACAGGUUUGGGAUGGUAUUCAGAAGUGGCUUGGUUUUUCUACGGUGAGACCCCAUAACAUUACACACCAUUUUACUUCUUUCACACACCUGGGAAGACGCAAGAGGAGUGAGAAGUUUCUUAAGACAGUUUGGACGUGUACCAUCUGGCUACUUUGGAAGCGAAGAAACGAAAGCAGGUUUGAUGGAAAGGGGUGGGAGGUUCAAAUGUUGAUACAGGAAAUCAAAGGAAGACUUUGGAGCUAG